CCACCCCCUUGUUUAAAGCGCACUGAGGACAAUCGCUUGCUAGUGGAGUUUAAACGAAACCUGGUGCGCGACCGUACCAUUGUCGUUAGUUUGAGAAGUUUUGGACAAAUGUAGUUCGCUUGCCUCAAUGUUCUAACCGGAGAGCGAUGCUUUGUUGUUUUACUAUACUACCAUCCCGUCCCAGCGCUUUUAGCCACGUUUCAUCAAAUUUUAACCCCUGCGUUAUGGUUUCGUAGGAUGGAAGUAGACGACGUGUCGGUUAGAGAGCAACUUUUCCACAACAAAGUGCGAGAGACUUUUAUCUGUGUCCUCCUCUUCACCUGCCUCUACAUACUGUCCUACCUCAUCCUCACUCACUUCAAGAAGAGUGCAGAUUAUAUCACCACCGAUGACAUUGAAGAUGCGACCGUCAACAAAAUUGCGCUGUGGCUGUGUACGUUCACCCUCUCCGUGGCAGUGUGUGCCGUGCUGCUUCUCCCCAUCUCCAUCCUGUCCAAUGAGGUGCUGCUCACCUUCCCUCACAGCUACUACAUGCAGUGGCUCAAUGGAUCACUCAUCCACGGCUUAUGGAACCUAGUGUUCCUGUUGUCCAACCUGUCCCUGAUCUUCCUCAUGCCCUUCGCCUACUUCUUCACCGAGUCGGAGGGCUUUGUGGGCUGUAAGAAGGGGGUGAUGGCGCGGGUGUAUGAGACGGCGGUGGUGCUGCUGCUGCUCACUCUGCUGGUGCUUGGCAUGGUGUGGGUGUUUGCGGCCCUGCUUAACAACACGGCCAGGGAGAGCCUCUACGACAUGUGGGAGUGUUACCUUCCGUACCUCUACUCUGCCAUUUCUCUGUUUGGAGUGCUCCUGCUCCUACUGUGCACUCCCUUCGGGCUGUCCCGCAUGUUCAGUGUCACUGGGAGCCUACUGGUCAAACCACGGCUAUUGGAGAAUGUGGAGGUGGAGAUGAACUGUGCUGCGUUCGAGGAGGCUUCGCUGUCCAGGAAACUCAACAGGGGUAGCACGUCAUGCAGGAUCACUGUAAACGUGGAGCCUUUGAGGAUGCAGUUCCUCCGAGUCCAGGCCAAACGCAUCGCCCUCGAGAUGCGUAGGAGAGCGUCACCAUGGCAGCGGAACCUGUUCUACCCUCUGGCCAUGCUCCUGCUCCUAGUUCUAACGGUGGUGUGUGUGUUGAUGGUGUGUUUCCACGUUCUGGAGCUCCUCUUGGACGAGACGGCCAUGCCCAGAGGAAUGGAGGACCCUCGUCUGGGGACAGCUUCCUUCUCCAUGUUUGGUUCUCUGGGAGCAGCAGUGCAGGUGGUCCUCAUCCUCUAUCUGAUGGUGUCGUCUGUGGUGGGCUUCUACAGCUCUCCUCUCUUCACUUCCCUGCUGCCCCGCACUCAAGACACCAACCUCACACAGAUCAUUGGGAACUGUGUAUCUCUCCUGGUCCUCAGCUCAGCACUGCCCGUCUUCUCCCGAACUCUGGGAAUCACACGGUUUGACCUUCUGGGAGACUUUGGGAGGUAUAACUGGCUGGGGAACUUCCACAUAGUGUUCCUGUACAACAUUCUGUUCGCUGGCCUCACCUCUGCCUGCCUCAUCAACACUCUCACCUGGACUGUGCAGAGAGAACUCAUACGCGCCUUUGGUCUCCACAAACUGCCUCUGACCGUGUCCCGCACCACCAUCCCCCUCAAGCUCCUCCUGGCUAAUGGCCUGUCAAAGAUCCAGUGACUGACAUUCCCUUGACCAAUCAACCAUCAUCUCUAACACCCGACCGGGACCUAAGCCUCCUGAAGAGCAUUCCCAUUGGAACAAUGGCACCUUGUCUUCAGUCCUCCAGCCUAUCGGUGUCUGGAUCACCAGAAUGAAAAGACAGAAGUGGAGGAUUAGAAGUGCAGUUUGGCCAAUGGUGCAGUAAAGUGCUGCUCACUGACUAAUCACCAAUCGAUACAAGUUGACCUGGGGAACCAACUUAAACUGUGUCUCAGACUACAAUACUGGGGUUAUAUUGGAAUCAUUGUGCACAGUAAUCUGAGCCAAAAACGAUAUGUUCUGGAACUAAUGAAAGAUUCUGGAACUGAAAAAGGGAUCUAAUCUGUAUCAGGGUUCUUGUUGACAUUGUGACAUCAUACAGCACAUCCUGGAUGUCCUAAUGCCUUGUGAGAAACUCUGUGGGUUUGAGAGGUUGAGGUGGGACUGACUUACUUUACUCUUUGGACACACGUGUAAAAGUCAGUAAAGCUAUUUUGGAACAUUACGUUGUGACUGACUGACAUUUCCUUUUCCUGCUCUGGGGUUGAGCAUUUGAGUUGUCUCUCGUUCGCUGCCGCCUUCCCCUCUCUGUCAUGUUAGACCACUGUUUUUGGGCCUCACUCAUCCUGUGAAUCCCACUUCCAUGUAUUUAAGAUGUCUUGUCUGUCUGUAAUGGUGUUGUGUUUGUUAAUGAGAGGAGGAUGUUUUAAAAUUAGGGUAGAGGGAUUACUCACUCUAUUCUACAUGCCUUGACCUUCAUAUAGGGGAGGAAGAGAAGGGGACAGGACAGGGUUGUGUUCAUUAGGUUACGUUUGAAAGCUUUUUGCAACAGAAAACAAAGUUAACGUUUCAGUCAGUUUUCUUCCAUGUGGUGCCUAAUGAACAUGACCCAUGACUUGUUUUUAAACUCAUCACUUGUAAUUAAUGAACGAUGUAUGAUAAGAUACCUGAACAUACAUAUUUUUUUUUAAAGGGGAGGUUGUGUCAUCUUUGAUAUUGUGUUAUUGGUCGUAUAAUGGCAUUUCUGUUUACUUAAAAUAACACUUUUUCAUGGGUUUCUACCCCCCUGAAGAGGAGCGUCCUAAAUGCAAAGUGACGCUUACUAGUUUUGGGUGUCCUGCCUUGGACCAAUCAUACUGUGAAUUGUUUAAACGUUUGUUAAUAUAAACUAAGUGCAAUACUGUUUACUGUCCACUGCCAAUUCCAGUAGUUUUUUUUUCUGUUCAUUUUGAUAUUAGAAUAAUGUAAAUUAUCUCUGUUGCUUUGUUUUUAUUUGUGUCAUGGUUCUCCUUUGCUGUAUCAGCAUGUUAAGUUGUAGUAGGAUUCUUAUUAUUAGCCGAUAGUCAGACAGUUCUGUUCCAUUCAUCGCCAGCAGGGGGCAGGGUCUCCCAAAUUCACCAAACUCACCUGGCAGCCUGCUGAACGUUUACCAUAAGUUCUGUUAUCACUGGUCAGUCAUUAAAGUUUACUCAUUUCACUAGCCUGGUCUCAGAUCUGUUUGUGCCAUCUUACCAACUCCUUGCCACUCAUUGUCAUUCUAAACCGCAUGAAAAUUCCAUAAGAAUUUGGCAAGAGAGCAGAAACAGACUGGCACCCAUCAAUUCCCUUGGGAAUAUAUUGUUUGGGGAGCACAAUGUUUGAGUGGGCUGGUUACUUAGGGGCGAUAAUGUUAAAGUUCAAGUGGUACUCUUAUUAGUCAAUCAAGGGCAUUUUUACUGUGAGACUGCAGAACCAUUGUCUAUUAUUUUACCUGGGAGCUGAUUUUGAUGGACAUUAUUUGAUUUAGCAUUGCUUAAAAACGCUAACGUAAUGAGAAUGUGACCGCAGGUGUUGAACCCUAAAGAAAAAUAUAAUUGCUCUCAGCAAUUUCAUGUUUUUAUGGUUUACUUCAUGUUUUUUAAUGUUUUCGAUUCAGUACAAUCAUGUUUGUUUUAUGAACUGGGGAGAAAAAGGACAAUAAAUGUAUUUCAUUUUCCUAUACAUAAA